UGCUGUCUCGAUGGAUUCGAAAUGCUAUCAUCUAUUGAACGAACGUUUAGGGAGAGCCGAGGCGUCUGACCAGGCGUCUGAUAAGUCGUCAGGGAAAAAAAGACAGGCAUUUGUUGAGCGAGCCAUCAAAUAUAAAGAGGUUAGAAUUGAUGAACUGGCACGAACUAGCCACGAACGACGAUGUCAAAUUGCUCAAGCCACCUCCAGCCUCCUGAAUGCAACUUUUCGAAAAUCGACUCGGUCGAAUCGGUCCCUGUGUUUUUCUCACUUGAAGCUGAAGUCGAGCUCAAACAACAAUUCUGGCGCCGUAGAGCAUUUAGGUCCAGAUGCAUCUGAAAAGCCGGUGCCCGAUCCUUGCGCUCUGUUCGACAUUUUCAUGCCUUACGCUUUAUGCGGUGCCAUGGCAUCGCUCAGGUUCGAUCUAAUUAUGAGUCAACACGACCAGAACCACAUAGCCAUCUGCGAGGAGGACUUGGUGUACAAGUUCUGCUGGUGCUUGGGCGUGUGCAUGAAGGACAGGCACUUCGGGGAUCGACACCUCGACGAGAUGGAGUCGAUCGUGCGUAGCAUCCAGAUCAAGCUCGUAGAGCCUAUUAAGGCUUCCGCAUUGAAGGCCAAAGAAGUCGAUGCGGACAAGUCAAAGGAGGCCAAGCGAUUGAUCAGAUUAAGGAAGAACAGCAAAAGCUCGCUUGAGGAGGAUUCCGAAGAGGAUGGUCUACUGGGUGAAGUGAGUCAACUGGAAAAAUCGAAUCGCCUGAGAGAGAACCGAGCGAGACCCGGCGCGCCCUCGAAUGAUGCGGAUGAGAACGAGAAGUCUGUCUUAAGCUCGGACGCGAAUGUGGUGGAGACGCGGGCGAAGAGAUACUUCCGCGCCGGAGCAGAAGAAGGCGCUGAAAGGAGACGAAUCAAAAAAUCGAGCGACGGAACCGCGGAAGAUAGCGAUGAAUACGACUACGAAGGAGAUAUGAACAACGACGACCGGUUCGCCUGGGAGGAUGAGGACGACAUGGAGUAUUCUCGUUCGAAAAAGCGUUUUAGCUCGUCAAAUCGCGGCGUCCAAUCGAAUCAAAAGGCGUCUGAGGAGUCGUCGACGACUUUCACGGUAUCUCCAGGCAUUCGCCUCAAGAAAGGCAACCAGGUUAUUUUUGACGCUGCAAACAGCACAUUUUCUCUCGAGCAGAAGCUUGGAUUCAAAAUUCCGCCGCUGACCAGAGAAAUGACUAGGCACGCUGAGUUACUGGAAAACAUAUCGUUCGUUCUAAGGGCGAAUUACGUUCAUGUCGCGCUGCUCGAUGGGGUGAUCUCUGCAGCACAGGAACAUACUAAGUCUUUGGUCCAACGAAACAGAAAAGUGUUGACUCACAAGGAAAGCUCGAGCACCCCGACGCGUCCGCACAGGAGCUAUUCGUUGGUGGACUUAGACACGCAAUACGAGGACUUGCCCAUCACUCGUAAGCAAAUCUACUCCAGCCUUUCCGGCAACAAGAAGCUGAUGCACUUGCUCAGUCUGCUCGAGCUUUCGAACCAUCCGCAACAGCUGUCUGGCCUCACGAACCUCGUGCCGUGGAUGAUUCGCCAGGAACUCCCCCCGAAAGUCUCCGACGCGGCUCUCGUGAGCGAGUUCCUGGUGUCGUUCGGGCACCUGAUGAUCGAGCUGGAUCGCUGGACCUAUGCGAAGGAAAACGAGGAGAAAAAAAACAAACAGUUGCGCUUGUUGAUGCAACAAGAGGCGGAGAACAAGCAACGGAACGCAGACGUAUUCAUGGAGGUGCUAGGCAUGAUGGAGUCAACCGAAAGAAGAGAACUAGAAGCCGAAUCUGAGAAAAGAAUCAAAGCCGCCAAAAUAGAAGAAACCAAAAGUUUUGAUGAAAAAAGUUUUGAAGAAACAGCAGAAAAAUUAGAAAAAGACCUCAUCCUUCCAUUUGACUAUUCUAGUCAUUUUGACUCUCUGUUCACUCAUGUCGAUACUAUCCAACACCCGAAUGUCCCAUUUUCAAUCACGCUCCAUUGGAUCCUUAGCAAGAUGUCCAUUUUAGAUGAGUGUACAAUCAUAGAAUUCGUCAAGUGGCUCGUUUACAAUCCACCGCCCUCCGAUUCGCUCAACCCGAGAUUGCAUCUGCUGUCAAAAUACCCAGAAUUCGUUCAACAGCUUCUGCGACAACUGUCUCUUUAUGCGCCGCCUAAACUACAAACCGUUCGUCAAUUGUUGUUCGAGUCGAUACUGCUUCCGCUCGCUUCUCAAUCCCCCUUCGUCCAUUUGCAAAUCCUUCUCUACCUCCAUGCCGCCAAGACCAGAUACACAAUUUCUAUCAAGGACUGCAUUUCCCUCGUCCACGCUCUCGCGACGUCGCACGCCUUCUCUGCCCACUUCCGUGUCCAGGAAAUCCGACGGGCCUACUUUCUCCUGGCGCAGCUACUUGGCUCUUAUUGCCACACGCACCAGCAGCGCACUUGUCUCGCGUACACAUUCCACUUCCUGGAGCCCACUUUCGACCUUUCCCCCCACCUCUCGCCCUAGACUUUCUGAGAUGAUAAAAGUGCGCGCCGACCGCCGGCACCGCCCCCUUCACAUCGGUAUCUCGUCGAGCGUGUACUCUCCCAAGUUGCCCUUUCUAAACUCGCUUACCAGGACUCUCGCCUGCGUCGUUUCGUCCUUCUUUCCGAAUCUCUUCCCUAUCUCCCUCAACAGAUGUUCGUAAGUAUUCGGCACCGUCUCCAACUUGAGCGCGCCGUGCCAACCGCUCGAUGCAUCGCGGCGCGCAUUCUUUUUCGUUAAAAGGUAAUACACAUAUUCUCCCGCUAACAGGUA